AUGGUUGUUAACGUAGGCAACGCUAGAACAUGUGGGCUACCUGGAUAUGGCUUGAGGAUUGAGGUAUCAACACAUUCCAGCUGCCACGGUACCAUACCUAGCGUUGCCUACGUUAACAACCAUGAAGAUUAUCGUUUUGCCUGUCUCGUCGCCGUGGCUGUUGCCGCCCCUCAGCUCCAGGAGCGAGUGGUCGAGCUCCUUCGCGAUGAGCGCGUAGCCAACGAGGACGGCACCUUCUCCUACGCCCUAGAAGCCGACAACGGCAUCAACACAGCCGUUUCUGGAAGCAUCGGAGCCGAAGGCCAAAUCAACCAGGAGGAUCUUACACCUUUAUCCUCGAGGGGCGGUACCCAGGCAAUUGUCUCUUUCGUGGCCAACGAGAACGGCUUCCAGCCCCAGUCCAGCAUCCUGCCCACUCCCCACCCUCUUCCUGCCCACGUCUUUGAGCUGCUGGAAAUUGCUGAGCGUCAGCGCGCUGAGGGCAUCGUGUUUGAAAUAGGGAUGGAACUAGGAAAUAAGAUAUAUGGCAAGGAAUAUAAAAAAUUUGGAUAA